AUGAAUGAGAGACCUCGUAGUAUUAAUAUUUUUUACUUCCAGUGCGCCUAUAUCAUCGUGCAACUGAUGGAAACAAACUACUAUCAACCAGUUAAGGUAUUUAGGCAACCCGCUAUGAUUGUUAAGACAAGAGACGCCUCUCGCCGCAAAAGUGGCGAACACCAUGCUAAGUCGUGGCUUCACGAUACUUCCAGAAUUGGUUCGCCUCUUUUGAAGAAAGUUUCGGAGGAGUUUAAUGACCAUUAUACUACAAGGAAGCUAAAAUCUGAAUACUGGAAGGUUAACCAUGAUAAUAAUUCCACUUCCUUACCAACAGACUUAUCAGUGGUUCGUGAUACUCUAUUGGUAUCCAACAUGAAUGAAAGAGAUAAUUUAAAACUUUUCAACAUUAGCCAAGAUCGUCAUGGGGAACCCACCAAGCUUUACGAAUUACAGUCUAUUAGCGUACCAGGUAAACCAAUCACUUCAGCUUGUCUACUCUCUCCCCUAGAGUAUCCUGCUGAGUACGUGGAAGGCCAUGACCAACUGUUGCUAACAGGACAUCAGGACGGUAUAGUAAAUUUGAUAUCCACCUCUAGAGAAAACGGUAAUGCAAAAAUUGUCAGAAGGUAUAAUCACGGUAAAUAUUUGAGCCGUAAUAUGCCCGCCACCUUGGAUAAUUGGUUACAAUCAUAUGCAUCUUUGCCCAUCAGACGAUUAAAACCUUGGGCCGGCUCGGGGUUCGCUUCGAUAAUCAACGAUUCACUUUUCAUAUAUGAACUGAACAGACCAAAGUCUCCUCAAUACCUACAAAGUUUCCCCGGACUGGAAUCCUUUGCAAUUAACGAUUUCCGCAAUCCCUAUUUGAUGGCAUUAUGUGGUUCCCAAUUCGGUGAUAGUGGUAUUGCCCUGCUGGAUUUGAGAAGCGACCGCCGUGGCGGCAAUCUGUACAUCCCCGACGGCAACAAGAAUGCAAAUUCUUCCAGCUCAUUGAGGACACCAAUGCACUCACACGUGUCGCGAGACUGUAUUUGGAUUGAUGAAUUCCAUGUGGUCAAUUGUUUCAAUGAUGUAGCCAGGAUAUGGGACAUUAGAUCUACCGAUGGUGAGAACCAAUGUGAAAUAAUGCCCAUGAAAGGUUGUAUCGAAUCUUUGACCUACCAUGAACCAACGAAGACUUUGUAUACCGGCGAUGACCAAGGUUAUGUUGUCUCAUGGGACCUACACCGCCUAUCAGGUAUCAAAAAAUGUAUCCCAUCACAAGGUUUCAAUUCUAUUCUCCUGGAAAGUGUUGAACAAGAAACUUUACAUGAGAUUAACCAGUGUGGUAGUAUUGUGGUAAACGGAGGUCAAAAGAAAUUUACAGAAUCUACUGACAGAGUUCAUGGAUCACUAUUAAUGGAUACCCUGGGUAAUGGUUCGUUGGCUACAGUAGAUUCUCAAGAAUUGGGUUUGCAUAAAAUUUGUCAGGUAGAAUGCCCCUUACAAAAUGUCAAGCACGACAAUUCAUCCAAAGAAUAUAACUUUGGUCCCAUAUACCAUUACGAGGGGGAAAAAACCCAAGGCGAAUCCGAUUCUACACUUAUGUCAUCGGAAGUUUCCUCUAUCUCAUCAUCCCCAUCCUCCGUUGGUCUCGAAGGUAGCUCGUCUUUUACACUAAGCUCAGAAUCCGAACACGAACCACUAGAAUACAACAAGCAGUAUAUGUUACAGUCUCAUGAUCCAAAUGGUAGUAACUUCACACUAGAAGGUCCAAUAUCAAGGGUUUCCACCAGUGAAAUUCUUUGA